AUGAGGAUCGGAUCUGGGAGCGGUCUUUCCGUGGUGGGGGAGAGAGAUUUCACCCGGGCGCCGAGGAGAUGGGCGGGUGGCGGUCCGGAUAGGGGAGGAGGAGCCGGCGACGCCCGGAUUGGUCUUACCGCCCAGCAGCAGGAACAGGAGCAGAGGCAGGAGGCCCCCGUGAUGGGUUUUCUUGACCAUCAGGGGAACAACAUCCGCGGAGAUGAAGCGGAUGGAUGUAUGGGUGUUAAUAAUGCGAAUGGCAAACAGUCACUUCUGGAGCAGCCUCCGAAAUUGCUGACGAUUCCCACCGUGCUCACCCUCGGAAGGGUGGCGGCAGUUCCUCUUCUAAUCAUGAGUAGGUUCAUCUGAAUUGUUUUUUUUUCUCAUUUCUGUAUGCUUGAAAUAUGCAACCGUUUAUCGUGUGUGUGUGUCUGUAAUACGUUACAUGGAUCUUUUGUUUCGGUAGUUUACUCUCAUGGCAGAAUGCGGGAUCUGAGAUGUGGAACCGGCCUUUGGCUUCUAAUCAUCGAGUCUCUCUGAUCUCUGUGUUGCUUCUUAGUUCUUCGGGCCAGGCUGAUUUUCUUGAUCUCAAACUGGAUUGUCGACAUUACUUGUUGACCUCUUUUUGCAUCCAUUUCUGAACCUGAUGCUGAUUUCCUUUCGUCACAUACUUAUCUCAAGCGUGGGAAAGCAUAAGCGAAUCAUACAAUCAAGAAAUCGUUGCCAUUGAGGAAAUACUUGAUAAUCUCAAGCUGAAUUACCGGGUGAUAUGGUGCUCUUUUAGAUGAUAGUCCGUUGGAACAUUGAUUGUAACAUAACAAGGGUCAGGUAUAGGACCAAAAUUUUGAAGGACGAAUGCGAUCUUGUUUGAGAAAUUUCCCUUCUUUCAGGGACUGCUAACUUUCUUCCAAAAAUAAGAUAUUUCCAUGAUUGUAAGGAAAACAGAAAUUAAUUAACCGUUUCAACUUAGGGUAAAAGACCCUCCUGCUGAAACGGUGACCACCUGCCACUGGUUCGAUCGAUGUUAUGGCAUCUGCAAGGUUUCAACUUAGUUACCAGGGAAAAUCCAUGGAAUGGAAAACAGGGGGUCAAAUGGUGAGUAAAAGUUGAAAGAUGGAUUACGUCUCUGCAGGGAGAGAACUAUAUACACAUGGAGGACUAUGCCUGUUUGUUCAUGCCAUCUCUUGCAGACAUUGUGACAUAUCGUGGGCUUAAGCAGAUGGAGAUCCAACCUCUGGACUCUUUCAAUUUUCUACAAACGUACAAUCGUUUGACAUUAUUUGAUUUCAUUGCAUUCCAAUUGGAAUACAUUUCAGUCCUGCUGUAUCUCCUAAGUUGAUGGUUCCUACACACUGGCCAUUGUACAUGCUGGCCUUCAAAGUGGUGAAUAGAUGUGGGCAGGUGUAUUUUUUAUUUAAUUCUACAUUACCUUCUCAUGAGAUUCAUAGGGGUCACAUAUUCGUGUCUAUUUUUUCUUUUCUUUUCUUUACCAACUACCCAUUCUUUAUGGCUCUGAGUAGGGAAGUAUGACCAGAAUCUUUUCAAAGGUUGGCCUGUCUUGUUGCGUGAACACGUGUAACACGUCAUAUUUUCCUCCUUUAAACAAUUUAUUUCAUGUUUUAUGAAUCCUUCAAAGUAGUUUAUAUGCCAGGAAAGAUGGUCAAAAUGAGAACUUGAAUACCACUAAAAUAAUGAGCACAGGAACUUUGAAGUUAUCUCUGUUUUGUCAUCAAUAUUUAACAUAAAAGUGGAAACCAACACAAGCGGCUAGGGAUUGUGCAGGAAAAUUCUCUGGUCUGGUGUACAGUCUCUCUUCUUCUACUGGAUGCAUAUCUACUUUCUGCUAUUCAGAGAAGGAGAAUUCAAAAGUCCAUGUUCCUAUUCAAUGAAUAUAUAUAUAUAUAUAUAUAUAUAUAUAUAGAUAUUCCAGUAUUUUUACACUUACAUCAUGAGACUUUUUUGCAUAAAACAAUGAAAUAUUUGUGGUUUUGCAGUGUGUUACUUCAGUUCAUAAAAAUGAUUUUCCCUUGCCUGUUUGAAUUCUUCCCGGAAAUAAUGAAGCUUCACAGAAUGAUAGAUUCUCUUCCUAGUUCGGAUACGCUCUUUUACUUUCAGCAGAAGCAUCUUGCCUUUUUUCGUGUGGUUUAUACGGUUGUGAUUCUUUCCUUUGUUAGCUUUCUACAUGGAUGGUCGGUGGGCGACAACUGCCACAACUAGUAUAUUUAUUGCUGCAGCAAUUACAGAUUGGCUUGAUGGUUACAUUGCUCGAAGGGUACGGAUUGGCAUCUAUUUAAGUUAUUGUUCCUGGAUUAUAUUUAUUCAAAUUAAUAAAGCUGUGAUGUGUUACUUAAUGCAGUUAAAUAUUGUCAUUCAUUAAUUCGUUUGCAUUGUCAGAUGCGCUUGGGAACAGCAUUUGGUGCUUUUUUGGACCCUGUAGCCGACAAGGUUUGAGUUAUUUUUCGUUCAUUUCUUCUUUUGUGAAACCCACUUUAACUCUAGCAUGACAAUCGCAUGUGAUAAAAGCCAUUUAAGAGUUAACUUAUUAUCCCUUAUUAAUUGUAGCUUAUGGUGGCUGCUGCUUUGGUUUUAUUGUGCACCAAACCUCUGGAAAUUGCUCUAUUUGGUCAAGCACCAUGGCUGCUGACUUUACCUUCAAUUGCCAUUGUUGGGAGAGAGGUAACUACUGAUUUAUGCCCCUUUUCGCCAAUAAAAUAUUUACAGAAUUUUAUUUUCUCUUCAUCUAAAAUAUUUAUUAGCAUGAUUUUUUCUGCAAUAUACAAUGUCGAAUAUGGCUUUCACAUUAUUAGAAAAUGCCAAUGUCACUGAGGCUUCCAAUAGAUUAUGAUAAAAAUUUGGUUCCCACAGUAAUUGGAUUCCGGUUUCAGCUCAGUCAUCAAGACAAUUAGUCGAGCUGAAUGAUAGCUAACUUCUUGAUAAAAUUGCAUAGUCUAGUCCACAUGGAAAGAAAAAGGAAAAACUGAUUUUGAGAUUUCACGUGAGAUCUCUUGAGCUGGUCUCCUUAAUUUGGCAGUUCCUGGCCAGAAACAAGGAGGUCCACAUUCAGAUCAAGCCGAUCAUGAUAAGAUCUGUUUCAUUAUCCGGCUGAUCCCAGAACGGAUCAUGGUCAUUUUAGCCCGGACUGAUCCAAGAAGCCCAUCUAGCUUUUCCUUCUACUCUGAGCUUUGCUUUCCAGGAGUAGAAAACAUGAUGCUUUCUUUAGAGAUGCAAAAAUAAAUAAAUUAUUGGGUUCCCAGAUUCCAUAAGUAGAUGGUACCAUAUAAGUUUUCAAUCGAUUAUAUGACUAAGAGGUAUAUCUAAAAUUAUGCGCAUUCUCGUCCUCCUGGUGGUGAUCGCAGCUCGAUCCUCUUGAGGCAUAAGCAAAAGUUUGUUAAUCUUUACAUUCCUAGUUCCUCUUCCUGUGUGUGUGUAUUCAGCCAUUCAUCCAGCACUUAUUCAACAUGAGUGGGUCCUCAUUACAUGACCUAGCCUUCAAAUUUCGCAUGAUACUGUCAGAAAAUAGAAGGAUAACAGAUCCUGUGUGCCUCCCUCCUCAUCUAUUCAUGGAUAGAGAGGAGAAGGGCAGCACACAUGAGAUCUACUAUGGGCCUAAUUGGCCCAUAGACUAAACCACUCACCACCAAACUACGAUAGUAGUGGGCCUAUUGCAAUAAAUAGUCCAAGAGGCACAUCAGGGCAUAAAUUCUUCCCUGGCUGAAGGGUUUAACCGUUUUUCUGAGGCCCAUUUCUACAAUUUCAAUACUUUAAACAGUAAUACCUUCUGAUGAUCCUCUUUUCCUUGUAGAUAACCAUGUCUGCAGUUAGGGAAUGGGCUGCAUCUCAGAACAGCGGAGUUCUUGAGGUUUCCUUUCGUUCCUGACUCUGAAGAGGCCAAGUCGAAAGCCUCCCCCCCUUCAACCAUCUUAAACCAUUUGCCUAUUUCCAUCAGGCUGUUGCUGUAAACAAUCUGGGGAAGUGGAAGACGGCGACCCAGAUGACCGCGCUGACCAUUCUUCUGGCUUCCAGGGACUCCAGGUUCCUCUCAAGCGGCACUUACUCUCACUCAAACCCUCUUUCUUCUUUGGCACUUAAUUUUUUUGUUGUCUUGUGGGCAGUCUGGCUGGCCAAGGCCUCCUGGUUGCCUGUGGCGUGACCCUUCUAAAUAUCUCCGCCGCCCUUGCGGUCUGGUCACUGGCCGUUUACAUGAGGAAAAUAUGGAAAGUAUUGCUGAAGUGA